GAGUACAAGAAGACUGGGGGUGGACCUCCACCCAAGCCCCCUUCCCAGUCAAGUGAGCAAAUCAUAGAAAUUUUUGAGGACACACCCGCCUUCUCCGGACUGGGGGGAUUUGAGACUGGUGGCGGCGAAGGGCUUGGUGAGAAAGCUUAUGUAAAUAUUUCAUUGUUUUACUGGUCAUGUGAUUUCCUAGAAAGCUGUAGCUUUGUCCGCCAUUUUUGGUAUGUUUUUAUCUGGGAACCUUUCGUGGAGCAUUUUAAGAUAAGUACUUAAGUUUUUAAAUUAUUUUGCAGAGUUUCCUCCCCAUUUUCUGCCAUUUUACUUUGCGAAAUUACCAACUCGAUGAUCCCCGACAGCAGCAAAAACGGGGUUAACUUCGGUGUAAGAACCUGUGAACUUUGUUUUUCUUGGUUCUGUUAUCUUCUUUGAAUUCUCUCUUACACCGAGAAACGUUCGAAUGUAGGCUCUGAUGAACUCGUAAUUCGAGAAUAAGAAUUUGUUCUCCUUUGCUUUUCAGUGAAAAGCUUACUUUUUUUUUUUUUAUAGUCAAGCUUGCAUUAAUGUUUCGAAGGCAAGUUUUAUUUCGAUGUAACAACAUAGGAAAGGGUCAACAGCGAAGGAAAUCUCAAUCGCAGUAAUAGAAGGACUUGAAAAAAGGCCACUGAGUGCUUAUAAAAAACAUCAAUACAAGCUUACGUAAAUAUCCUAUCUUUUUCAACAUUUCACCUAUAGUUCAAAUUUCUGGUGCUGAAUGCACAACAUUUUCUUGAAUUGAAUAUAGUAGAACCAGCUGAAGCAGAUAUUGUGGAAGACCAACAAGAUUUACCAACGCUAUCGAGUGAAGAUAUGAUGAAACUUGGUCUGAUAGCACAGGUUAAGGAAGAUCAUUCACCGUUGCCACCAAAUAGAAAGAGACGAAUUUCACAAGCUGAUAUUCUGGAAGAGCAGCAAAAGGCAUUAAAGCUACAACAAGAAAUGCUAGAGCUAAAGAAAACAAAGCUUCGAAUGGAAAUUCUUCUUAUCAGCAAAAAA